AUGCGUCCCGAAGUCGAGCAAGAACUCGCCCAUACGCUCCUCGUAGAGCUUCUCGCAUACCAAUUCGCCUCUCCAGUCAGAUGGAUUGAGACCCAGGAUGUCAUCCUACAGGAGAAACGGACAGAGCGCAUUGUUGAGAUUGGCCCCGCCGAUACCCUGGGUGGAAUGGCCCGGCGCACAAUCGCCUCCAAAUACGAAGCAUACGAUGCUGCUACCUCUGUCCAACGUCAGAUUCUGUGCUAUAACAAAGAUGCAAAGGAGAUUUAUUACGAUGUCGACCCUGUAGAAGAGGAACCACAGCCUACACCCACCGCUGCUCAAGCUACCGCUGCUCCUUCCCCUUCCGCUGCUACCCCGGCUACAGCUCCGGUUGCUGCAGCUCCAGCUCCAGCGCCACCUUCCUCAGCUGGGCCUGCUGCAGCAGUUUCUGAUGCGCCAGUCACAGCUCUGGAUGUUCUUAGAGUGCUUGUAGCGCAGAAGUUGAAGAAGCCACUGGCUGAUGUACCAGUAACGAAAGCAAUUAAGGAUCUUGUUGGAGGCAAGUCUACCCUACAAAAUGAAAUUUUGGGUGAUCUUGGAAAGGAAUUCGGUUCGACACCAGAGAAACCAGAAGAUACUCCAUUAGAUGAAUUGGGUGCUGCGAUCCAACCUAUGUUUAAUGGCCAGCUUGGCAAACAAUCUUCAUCACUUGUCGCCAGACUCGUUUCAUCCAAAAUGCCUGGUGGUUUUAAUAUUACUGCUGUUAGAAAGUAUCUUGAAACGAGAUGGGGACUGCAGUCCGGACGACAAGACGGCCUUCUCCUGCUCGCUUUGACCAUGGAACCUGCCUCGCGAUUGGGUUCUGAGGCAGAUGCCAAAGCAUAUUUGGAUGAUGUUGCCAACAAAUAUGCCGCAAAUGCGGGCAUUAGCCUCUCCACAGUUUCUGCUGGUGCAGAUUCAGGUAGCGGAGGCUCUGGCAUGAUGAUGGACCCAGCCGCUAUUGACGCCUUAACUAAAGACCAACGGGCGUUCUUCAAGCAGCAACUCGAACUUACUGCGAGGUAUCUUAAGAGGGACCUGCGGGCUGGCGAUAAAGCUUUCCUGGUGUCUCAAGAGGCUCAAGCUACUCUUCAAGCGCAACUUGAUCUGUGGCACGCGGAACAUGGUGACACAUACGCCUCUGGUAUUGAGCCAUCCUUUGACCCUCUCAAGGUUCGAGUAUACGAUUCGUCCUGGAAUUGGGCAAGACAGGACGCGCUCAGCAUGUAUUAUGACAUUAUUUUCGGCCGACUGAAGGUUGUCGAUCGUGAAAUUGUCAGCCAAUGUAUUCGCAUCAUGAAUCGGUCCAAUCCUCUCCUUCUGGAAUUUAUGCAGUACCAUAUCGACAACUGCCCCACUGAGCGCGGUGAAACCUACAAGCUCGCAAAGGAGCUUGGUCAGCAACUCAUUGAGAACUGCAAGGAGGUUCUCCAUGCCAAUCCUGUCUACAAGGAUGUCGCAAUCCCUACUGGACCUCAAACGGUCAUUGAUUCACACGGUAACAUCAAUUACAGCGAGGUUCCUCGAACAAGCGCCAGAAAACUCGAGCAUUACGUCAAGGCCAUGGCGGAAGGCGGGCCAAUUUCCGAAUACAGCAACCGUACUAAAGUACAGAACGACCUCCGCAGUGUCUACAAGCUGAUUCGCAAGCAGCAUAAGCUCUCCAAGUCGUCACAGCUGCAAUUCAACUCUUUAUAUCGAGAAGUCUUGCGUGCCUUGUCCAUGAACGAAACGCAGAUCAUGCCCCAGGAGAAUGAUAAUGCGAAGAAGGGAAGCCGAAAUAUUUCAAGAUCUCGUAUGAAUGGCAACAUAAAUGGGAAUACACGGCCUGGGAAAGUUGAGACGGUUCCUUUCCUCCAUCUCAGAAAGAAGGAGGCAAAUGGCUGGGAAUAUAGCAAGAAACUCACUGGUAUCUAUCUCGAUGGGCUAGAAUCUGCUGCUCGUGCCGGUCUCAGCUUCUAUGGCAAGAAUGUGUUGAUGACUGGGGCCGGUGCGGGAUCGAUUGGUGCGGCGGUGUUGCAAGGUAUGAUCAGCGGUGGUGCUAAAGUUGUAGUUACCACUAGUCGGUUUUCUCGAGAGGUCACCGGGUACUACCAGACCAUGUACACCCGCUAUGGUGCGCGAGGAUCGCAAUUGGUUGUUGUGCCCUUCAACCAAGGCAGUAAACAAGAUGUCCAAGCUCUUGUCAACUACAUUUACGAUCCAAAGAAUGGCCUAGGCUGGGAUCUGGACUAUAUCGUACCAUUCGCCGCCAUCUCAGAGAAUGGACGGGAAAUCGAUAGCAUCGACUCGAAAUCCGAACUUGCUCAUCGUGUCAUGUUGACCAACAUCUACCGCUUGCUUGGUUUUGUCAAAACGCAAAAGCAGGAGCGGGGCUUCGAAACGAGGCCUGCACAGGUUAUCUUACCUCUUUCUCCCAACCACGGCACCUUUGGUAACGAUGGCCUCUACUCCGAAUCGAAGUUGGGAUUGGAGACGCUCUUCAACCGCUGGUUCUCGGAAAACUGGGCCAGCUAUCUCACUAUCUGCGGUGCUGUGAUUGGCUGGACCCGUUCCACCGGUCUCAUGAAUUCUAAUGACAUCCUUGCCGAAGGCGUCGAGAAACUUGGCGUAUGGACGUUCUCACAACAGGAAAUGGCUUUCAACUUGCUCGGUCUCAUGGCACCAGCCAUUGUCGACCUAUGCCAGAACGAGCCUGUUUUUGCAGAUUUGAACGGCGGCUUCCAAUUCCUGCCCGACGUUAAUGCGCUGAUGAAGAAACUUCGCAGUGGAAUCACGGAAACAAGCACAGUUCGUCAAGCUGUCAUGAAGGAAACCACCCUGGAAAACAAGGUGGUCAAUGGCGAAAGUAGCGAAGCCUUGUACCAGAAGGUCAUCACGGAACCCCGUGCGAAUAUCAAAUUUGAGUUCCCCAAACUGCCCAACUGGAAAGAGGAGAUCGAGCCGCUCAAUGCUAAUCUCAAGGGUAUGGUCAACUUGGAUAAAGUUGUUGUUGUUACUGGUUUUGCUGAAAUUGGCCCAUGGGGAAAUUCCAGAACUCGCUGGGAGAUGGAGGCCUACGGCAAGUUCUCUCUGGAAGGUUGCAUUGAGAUGGCGUGGCUGAUGGGCCUGAUCAAAAACCAUAACGGGCCCAUCAAGGGUAAACCCUAUUCUGGUUGGGUUGAUGCUAAGACCGGCGAACCGGUCAACGAUAAGGAUGUGAAGGCUAAAUACGAGAAGUACAUUCUUGCACACUCUGGUAUUCGUCUUAUUGAACCAGAGCUCUUUAAUGGGUAUGAUCCAAAUAAUAAGGUGCUUCUGCAGGAGGUUAUUUUGCAGGAGGACCUAGAUGCCUUUGAAGCAUCCAAGGAGACGGCUGAGGAGUUCAAACGUGCGCACGGUGAUAAGGUUGAAGUUUUCGAAAUUCCGGACUCAAGUGAAUACACUGUUCGCUUGCUCAAGGGUGCCAAUCUUUUGAUACCGAAGGCUCUCAAGUUCGAUCGCUUUGUCGCUGGCCAGAUCCCAACUGGCUGGAACCCAAAACAUUACGGUAUUCCCGACGAUAUUAUUAGCCAGGUGGAUCCGGUCACUCUUUACGUCCUUGUCUGCACUGCCGAGUCGCUGCUUGCCUCUGGUAUCACUGAUCCGUACGAAUUCUACAAAUACGUUCAUAUCUCCGAAGUUGGUAACUGUAUUGGUUCUGGUAUCGGUGGUUCCCACGCUCUACGGGGCAUGUACAAGGAUCGCUUCUUGGACAAGCCUCUUCAAAAGGAUAUUCUGCAAGAAUCUUUCAUCAACACCAUGAGCGCAUGGGUUAACAUGCUCUUGCUCUCUUCCACGGGCCCCAUCAAGACACCGGUCGGUGCCUGUGCUACGGCUGUCGAGUCUAUCGACAUUGGCUACGAAACUAUUGUCGAAGGCAAGGCGCGUGUGUGCCUUGUGGGUGGCUUUGAUGACUUUCAGGAAGAAGGAUCGUAUGAGUUCGCAAACAUGCAGGCUACCAGCAAUGCGGAGAAGGAAUUCGCCCAUGGCCGCACACCGCAGGAAAUGUCCCGACCCACUACCACGACUCGGAGUGGAUUCAUGGAGUCUCAGGGUUGCGGUAUGCAGUUGAUCAUGAGCGCGCAGCUUGCGCUGGAUAUGGGUGUGCCCAUCUAUGGUAUCAUUGGCUUCACCGCGACCGCCACGGACAAGAUUGGCAGAUCCGUUCCGGCUCCCGGGAAGGGUGUUUUAACCACCGCCCGUGAGAAUGCUGGCAAGUUCCCCUCGCCACUUUUGGACAUUAAGUACCGUCGUCGCCAGCUUGAGCUCCGAAAGGCUCAAAUUAAACAAUGGCAGGAGUCGGAGCUUUUGUACUUGAAUGAAGAAGUCGAGGCGAUGAAGGCGCAGGCCGUCGAGCCUUUUAACGAAGACGAGUAUAUGCAGGAGCGAGUCGAACAUAUUAAACGUGAGGCUAUUCGUCAAGAAAAGGAUGCUGCGUUUAGCUUGGGCAACAAUUUCUGGAGACAGGAUUCUCGCAUCGCUCCUCUUCGUGGUGCACUCGCGACCUGGGGUCUUACAAUAGAUGAUCUCGACGUUGCUUCUUUCCAUGGAACGUCCACUGUCGCCAACGACAAGAACGAGUGCGAUGUCGUCUGCCAGCAGAUGAAGCAUCUGGGACGGCAGAAGGGCAACGCCCUCUUAGGUAUAUUCCAGAAGUACCUCACCGGCCAUCCCAAGGGUGCUGCAGGUGGUUUCAUGUUCAACGGCGCUCUCCAGGUGUUGAACAGCGGCCUUGUCCCCGGCAACCGCAACGCCGAUAACAUCGACAAGGUCAUGGAGAAGUUUGAUUACAUCGUCUAUCCAAGCCGAAGCCUGCAGACGGACGGCAUCAAGGCGUUCUCCGUCACAUCCUUCGGAUUCGGCCAAAAGGGAACCCAGGCCAUCGGCAUUCAUCCCAAAUAUCUUUUCGCCACUCUCGACCAGGCCACCUUCGAAUCCUACAAGUGCAAAGUCGAAGCGCGGCAAAAGAAAGCAUACCGCUACUUUCACAACGGCCUGAUUAACAACAGCCUCUUCGUCGCGAAGGAUAAAUCACCCUAUGCCGAGGAGAUGGAGUCGAAGGUCUUCCUGAAUCCGGAUAUCCGCGUCGAGCUCAAUGAGAUGACAUCAACACUCGGUUACGUUGGUAACGACCGCAAUGGCAACGGUAACGGCAGGAAUAACAAACAAAAGACGGAGGCUGAGGAUGUGCAGAUGCAACAGACGCGGCAGAUGGUUGAGUCCCUUGCCAAAGCGACCGCGGCGGAGAACUCUAAAGUGGGCGUUGAUGUCGAGAGUAUCGCUUCCAUCAACAUUGAAAAUGAGACAUUCAUCGAGCGGAAUUUCACGGCUAGUGAGCAGAAAUAUUGCCGUGGUGCUCCCUCGCCGCAGGCUUCGUUCGCUGGGCGCUGGAGUGCCAAGGAAGCUGUGUUUAAGAGUCUGGGUGUUGAGGGGAAAGGGGCUGGGGCGCCGCUGAGGGAUAUUGAGAUUGGAGUUGAUGGGAAUGGGGGGCCAGUUGUUACUUUACAUGGUGAUGCAGCAGCUGCUGCCAAGAAGGUUGGUGUUAAGGAGGUUUCUGUUAGUAUUAGCCAUAGCGAUACGCAGGCUAUUGCAAUUGCAAUGUCGAAGUUUUGA